GUCAGCGGAACGCAAGUUAUCGAUGUUAUCGAGCAAGGAGCAGGGGAACAUCCAGGUACAUUAAAACAUUGUGUGUGUGUGUUAUGUAUAUAUGUAAAUGUGUAACCAUAUAUCACAUCCAUAUCACAUAGCCCAUUAAAGUUACCAGGUUACCAUAUUUUUAUUAAACAACCACUCCACACUUGAAAAAACAGGAAAAAGUAAGAUACAGAGGGAAAGCAGCUAUGAUUCAUAUGUUAUUUCUUACAUUAUUUGUAAAUACUGUUUAACACUUUAGUGAUCGCGGACAAACCGGGUACGUCAGCCAAAAAACUGUUGUUAACCACCUCUGGCGUUCCAUGUACGUCCGCAGCCAAAAUGAGCGCUGGAAGCAAUGGCAUCCAGCCGCUCUAAGUGUAUUCCACAAUGCCUCGAUAUUGAGGCAUCGUGGAAUACCCCCCUACUGUGCCGGGCACCUAAGUGAUUGUUCUCCCCGGAGUGAUCACUUCCAGGUUUCCACAAGUGGCGCCCGGCAGUGGGGAGCAGAGCAUCGGAAGCCUUCAGGCAGGCUUACAAUCCUCUGCCUUUGCUGAGUGCCUCGAGGGGUUGAGGCACUCAGUAAUAGUAAAAAAUAAAUAAUAAUUAUAAAAAACUAAAUUACAAAAUUAACCCUCUUCCCUCCCUCCCUCUCCCUCCCCAUGUACUUACCAAUCACCACCGUAUCCCCGCCAGUGAUCGGUCGUCUUCUAAGGCUAGGCCCAGACAGUCCCCCCUCUGCACUGUAGUACCCCCAGGGGCCAUGUGAUUGCUCUAAAACAGUGGUCACAUGGCUGCAAUAGGUAUCCACAGUGUUGCCAACAGGGGGACUGCCUGAACUGACAGGCCGUCCCCCUGCUGGUGAAAAAGUAAAAAUCUUAUAUAUAACGUCAUACUAAGUGUAUUUUUUUUAAUAAUAUAUACAUAUAUUAAUAUAAAAAUACUCAGAGUAAAAUUACACACGUAUGUAUAUAACAUAUAUAAUAACUUUAUAUUUUGUAUAUAUAUAUAUAUAUAUAUAUAUUAUAAAAUUAAAUAAUAAUUAAAAAUUAAUAAAAAAACAAUAAAAACUUUAAUAUUUAAAAAACAUUAUAUAUAUAUAAUGUUAUUCUAACUGUAGUUUGAUAUUAAUAUAUAUAUAUAUUUAUAUCAAAAUACUCUUGUGGAUUAUAUAUAUAUAUAUAUAUAUAUAAAUUUUCAUUCUAUGUAUAUCUCCUUAACGACCAUGGACGUACUGAGUACAUUCGACAAAAAAUGGUCAUUAAGGACCGCAGAUGUACCUAGUAUGUUUGCGGCAAAUAGGAGCACUGGACUUACCUGGAUGGGUGAUCCGUGGCGAUCACAGUUGGGAGGGACUGUUGGGAUCUCCCUGCAGCUGCUCCGGCCACCCCGGCCCUCCAGGGCAUGGGAUCACCAUGAUCAAUAUGUCUCAGUAGGACUCUUGGAGCUGCCAGCAGGGGGACUGUCUGAGCUCUCAGGCAGUCCCCCAGGGUGCUAAAAAGUAAAAUAAUAUAUAUAUAUAUAUGUUGUGACAAAAGAAACUUCACCACUAACUUUUGGAGGGGCCUGUUUGCCAGCCUCCUACCCUGUGACUAUGGCCUCUGUGUUCAACCUUAUUGGAAAACACCAAUUGUGCCUCUUGGACUUAUAACAAGCUAUGUUCAAUUGGGACUAUAUGGUUCAUUGCACCGAACAGCCGCACCAACAGAGACCACCCUGGAGCUUGUUGAGCUUAAUUGAUACUGUGGCAAAACUAACCUCGCCACUGGGCACUGGAGAAGCCUGGAUGCUCGCCUGCUGCCUCUAGACUAUGGUCCCCGGUGUGUAUGACCCUUUAAGAACCGUCUGGGGACAUAUUCAGACUUUUUGGGACAAUGCCCCUUUAAGAUGGUGUCCUCAGUGUCCCCAGACUUGUUUGGGACAAUGCCCCUUUAAGACGGUGUCCUUAGUGUCCCCAGACUGUUACAAUCCUGUGUGCAUGGCUUUUUCCCACUUGGUUCAGUAAAUCUAGCUUACUGAACCAAGUAUUGUAUUGGCGGACCAACCAGAAGUGGAAGCGUGCGGCUAAUUUACCUCCCAGGCUGGGAGGCUGCUGUAGGUAAAUUGCCGACCGAUGGGUGUCAGCGGUGUGUGCAGCCAAAUCUAUGAAACUGUUUUCGGCUACCCAACUGCACGAACACCGCUAACCCGUACCUUCUCCUCCACUUUGACACUGCGGCUGGAGACUAAGUCCUGUUUGGCGAGUUGAACACACGUACAGCCCAAAUCUAUGGAACUCUUUUGGGCAUGAAAAUGUGCUUGUGGUCGGUCACAAAGGACUUCCAGCUAACCUUUUAACCCCUGGAAGGAAUGGCCUGAAUUUUGGAUAUGUUUAUAUUUAAAGUGUGCUGAUUAAUAAUAUAUGACUUUGUGGAGAUUGAAUGUAUAGUUUUAAAGUUACAGUACAUGUAUAAAAAGUAUAUUUUUCCUGCCUGUGAUAAUUACAUUAACCCAUUGUGUACAGUAAUUAUAUUACAGGCAGAGGGGUGGAUUUUGUGGGAAUGAAUGGGAGUGUUUUACUGUAUAUUACAUGUUUGAUUGGAUGUUUCACAAAACCCUGUGGGUGGUACUUUAUGUGUAAAAUGUGUAUAUAAGGCCAAUAAAGCCACAGCUCUGUCUGUUCCUGUUUGACCCUCAACAUAGAGCCACGUCUCAUGAUUGGGGGAUACGGCUGUAUCUACACUGGGAGAUACACUACAUACUCCCCUAGAUAUAAUCACUAAGCUCUUUUAAGAGCUUGUUCCAGCUUUGCUCUGUGCAGGAAGAGGGGUUCGGUCUGCAGUGCUUAUGGUGUCUGGAGAAGUGCUUGGAGCCCUCGUAAUGCACUAGGAGCAUCCAUCAACGGAGGUACUCGGUCGGAGUACUAGGAGCUCUGUUACAUAUACAUUGUUGCAAUUUCCACCGCAGUGGACUAAGUGUUUGUCUGGUUGGCCGCAAUUCCUAUGGACCACCACGAGGUGGCGGCCAUCUUGUUGCAUGGACCAAAACCGCGAAUAGACUUCAGAGGGACUUAGCCGCGAAUGUCCUGGAACUAUUUUUAACAUGAAAACCUCACGGUUUCCGAUUGGUCCACCAGCGGCACCUAGCCGCGAUUCUAUGGAGCUAUUUUUGUCUAUGAGGCCAUGCUGGGUGAUUUUGGAUAUUUUGGUCACUGAGAUCGGGGCUACCAGGGGAUGUAACAUUUGUGGAGUUUUAUGUAUUUUUAGGGUACUUUUGGGGUGUUUUAAAAAAAAGUGUGGUCUUUCUGUGCUUGGAGAUAAUUGGAUUAGAAUUAGUACAGUUACUGAUCCAAUUAUCUCCCAAAGAGGGAGGAGGGAUUGUAUAUUUGUUAUGGAAGUGUCGGGCAUUUAAUCACUGUUCUUAUUGGUCUGUGUCUUUGUGUUGGAGUCCCCAUCAAGGUCCAUGUGGGCGUACCCCUUGCAUGGGGAUUGUCAUAAAAGGCCAAGUGUGGCUCCCAUUAAAUUGAGAUUUGUUUACCCUUCAUGAAGUCGUGGCUCAUGUUUGGGGUAUUGGAGAGCUACAUUCACUCUGGGGAUUGCUAUAUCACAAUACUCCCCUGAGUAUAAUCAUUAGCUCUUAUAAGAGCUGUUCCUGCUUUGCUCUCUGGACUAGGAGAGGUCUACCCACUGGAAGCUGGAUCCUGGUCUUGGGUCCAGGGUGGAUGGAGGACGGCGGCACCCCAACCAAGCUGCGGCGGUUCGUUGGGUUUGCGGUGGUUAUGGUGUUCCAGUGCAGUGCUUAUGGUGCUCGCAAGAACUAAGAAGCAGCGAUUGACGGAGGUACCCAGCCGGGAUGCCAGGCAGUUCGUCACAAUGUUAUACAUAUAUUAUAUAUGUAUAAAUAAUUGUAUUAAUGUAUAAAUAAUUUAAACAUUUUAUAAUAUAUUACACAUAUAUAAUGCAUAAAUAUGAUUUCAUUAAAAGUGUACUUUGAUAUAUAUAUACACACACACACACACACACAUGUGUUAUAUAUUUAUAUAAUAUAAAUUGCAAAAAAAAACAUUUAUGAAAAACAAAGUGACUUGGGAAAGCCCGAGAUAAUGGGGCGAAACGCGUCAAAGUGCUAACGGCUCUUGGGGCAUACAAAGAGUGAUUGGAGGGGUACCAUACUGAAUACCCGGCAUCUCUCCAACACCAGUGAAUUACACGGCGGAGAGACAUCAAUUCAGCCGAGGAAACUAUUUUGAUGGACGGUAUCACCCUGCUGCUGCAUAUUACUUGUGAGCACCCUUUUUUAUUUUGAAGAGUUUUUUUCUCACAUAGCGCUAACACGUUUGUUAUUUUGUUACAUUGUAUAUGUGAAAUUAGGAAAUUUCCAAUGUGUUUUUAGCUGCUCGUGUUUAUUUAUUUGUUUAUCUUCUAAUUUGUUACCAGUAAUCUGGUUAUUUAUUGAUUUUUUUUGCGCUCUCUUAUUUCUAUAUAUUAAUACCUUUAGGUUUUCUUAUUUUUAAAAAUAUAUACAUGUGAUUGGCUAUUCAGGGAUUCCUACCAGAUAUCAGUGUUACAAUGUAACUUGCGUUAAUUUUGAAAAAAAAAAAUGGUUUGGAAAUAGCAAAGUGCUACUUAUACUUAUUGCCCUAUAACUUUCCAAAAAAAGCUAAGAACAUAUUAACCCCUUAAGGACACAACUUCUGGAAUAAAAGGGAAUCAUGAUGGAAUAUUUCCGUCAUGUGUCCUUAAGGGGUUAAUAUUGGGUAUUUUUAAACUCAGGACAAAAUGUAGAAACUAUUUAGCAUGGGUGCUUUUUAUGGGUUGUAGAUGCAUAACAUUUUGGGGGUCAAAGUUCGAAGAGGUUAUUUAUUUAUCUAUUUUUAUAUAAGAUUUUAUAAUUUUUUUAUAGUAAAUUAUAUGAUAUGAUGAAAAUAAUGGUGUCUUUAGAAAGACCAUUUAAUUGCGAGAAAAACUGUAUAUAAUAUGUGUGGGUACAGUAAAUGGGUAAGAGGAAAAUUACAGCUAAACACAAACACAGCAGAAAUGUUAAAAGAGCGGUAAGAAGAUUGAAAAGUGGUCUGGUCACUAAGGGGUUAAAUAAAAGCCUUAUGAGAUGAUUUAUUACAUAAUGGGUGUCUAACCUGUCCCUGUAAAAAUAGUUUGUGUAUGAAACAGUGCCUGAUACAUAAAGAAAUAUACAGAGAAACCUUAUAGAAAUUAACUGUUUAGUACUCUGACACAUGAAACUGUCGAUUCCUUUUUACCAUUGACAUAAUAAAAUGUAUUCAUUUGUCUCCUAGCAACACCUGCUAUCAGCACAUUGGAGAAACGCAUUGAGGAGCUGGGCCACCGAUUAGUGAUCGAGCGUGCCGUGGCUGAAGGAGCCAAACGUGCCAUCAAGGCAUUAGAUCAUGGAAUGCCACUUGUUCAGGUCAGUUAUAAAGCGUAUCCGUUUAACCAUUUCAUCCCCAGAAUGAAGAAUGGGCUUUCAAUGUCUGUCUGGGGCUUUGUUGGCAUUAGCCAAGUAGCCAUGGUUUAUUAUUAAUAUUAUUAUUAUUUAUAAAGCGCCAACAAAUUCCUCUUGAUUAAUAAUAUACAAGUUACACAUUUAUAUUAUCUUUUCUGAGACUUUUGUUGUUUGAAGUCUUUGUGGGACCAUUUGUUCUGUAUUUUAUUUUGUCUCUAUAAUGCUUUAUUUAAAAUUCUUCCAAUUGUUUAAUUCCUAUUCAUUUUAUUAAAAGCUAAAACAUGUUGUAUGUUCUGUAUUGAUCUGUCGUUAUAUCCACAUCAAUCUAUGAAAAUCCCUGCUAGCCGGUCUUUGGUUUUCCAUUCAGGAAUCAAGAAAUGUACAUGUUUUUUCAAUAAGUUCUGAAUUAUAGAGAAUUAAAAUCUGAAUUACAAGACUGAGACAAACAUAAACAUGCUCUGACUAAAGCCGAGAUGGGAUUUUUCACUAUUCACUAAUUUUUGUUUAAAUAUCUGCAGUCCAGACUUUAGUGAUUAAUCCUGUAGAGUUUUUAUACAUUGAACUUGAUGUAGAAUGAUAACCAUUUAUAAAUGCAAUGCAAGGAUGAUCCACAUUAUUAGGAACUGUGUGUCUAACCUUGGAUAUCAGCUCGUGUUGGACAGCAACUUCCAGACAUAUUUGCCAGCAGAUAAAGUCUAAUCUUCUGUUGAUCCUUCACCUUUUUUCCAUUUAUUUUUUUUAACAGGCUCAGUCAAUACUACAGGAGUCAAAUGAAAAGCUUGACCUCCUUAAAUAUUCCUUGGAAGAACGAGUGAAAGAACUUCCUGAUGGCCAUCCCAGGAAGAGUAUUGCCACCGAGGAAAUGUUCUUUGACUCAGUCGAAACCAAGCCCAUAGCACUAACGG